CCCCGAGUGGAUGGACGUGGAAAACUUGGAGAAGAUCAAGGACCACGAGCAGAAGGAAGAGACGUUCACCCCGAUGCCUAGCCCUUACUACAUGGAGCUCACCAAGCUGCUGCUCAAUCAUGCUGCAGACAACAUCCCAAAAGCAGAUGCGAUCCGGACCCUGAUCAAGGACAUGUGGGACACACGGCUCGCCAAGCUCCGGGUGUCUGCCGACAGCUUCGUGAGACAGCAGGAGGCCCACGCCAAGCAGGCCGCCCCUUCUCAACAGCGACUGGACAGGCUGUGUAGGGAGGGACGAGGGACGCGGGACGCAUGGCUUUCUACAAGUUUCUGGGGCAACUCAAAAAUGAAGCGAUCGCGGAGGCGCCAGUGGAGCCGCGUGGGCGUGGGUGUACGCACACGCGGAGCUCUGGGCGUCUCCCCACGGAGUGACAGCCAGUACCUUCAGUCUGCGGUUGAUCUUCGCCCUCUCUUUAGCCCAAGUCGGCCUCGUUCCUGGGAGGGAGCAAGACCCACCCGCCACCGCAGCAAGAGCAAACAUCGUUCUAGAGGCACAAGUGACGUGGCCACGCAAAAGACACGGGCCGGGCCCACAUGCGGGCUGCGAGCGGCAAGGUGUUAGUGUUGGUAAUGGAGCCUUCAUUUUUUGAUU